GGUUCCUCUGUCACCUAAAACCGGCUCUCCCUCCGUCUGUCCUCACUUCUCUUCGCUUCGGCCGGGAGCUCCUCAGGACUGUAACACUUUGUUGAAUUUCUGCUCAUUUUCAGCCGUAAACAUGGCUCAGGUCAACACCUGCCUCAAACGCAUCUUCACCAUCUUCAACAUCUUCUUCGCGAUUGUUGGUGGCGUCAUCAUCGGGCUCGCUCUGCUGUCUCAGGUCGUCACAAAUGUUGAAAGCAACAUGGAAGGUCGGGCCACCGGCCUGCUCCUCCUGUAUAUCAUUGGCGCCAUCACAAUGAUCAUUGCCAUCCUGGGAGCCUACGGAGCCCACAAGGAGAACAAAGGUUGCAUGAUUGCCUUCUUGGUGUGCAUGGUUAUUGGAAGUCUGGUGCUGCUCCGAGGCGGUAUCGUGUUAGCCGCCGGACGCCCAAAGGUGGAGCCACUACUGGAGGAGAAGUUCAGGCAGAUGCUGCCCCUAGAUCAAGCUCCAGAGGAUGACCAGGAAGUCGCCAACCUCCUUCAGAAGACGUUCCACUGCUGCGGUCUGUUCAGCUAUGACGACUGGAGGGAUGACAUCCCCGAGAGCUGCCUGUGUGACGAGGACCAGUCCGAGGGCCAGUGUCAGACCAUCAACUACAAGAAUCUGAUGCGGCAGGGAGCAGGCCCCAAAAAAGUCUACGCCCAGGCCUGCUUCCCAAUCAUGAUGUACUACCUAAAUUUGAUGUUUUCCAUCCUGAUUGGCAUCACCUUUUCUCUGGCAACACUGGCGCUGCUCGGCAUGGCUCUGUCCUCCGUCAUCAUCCACCAAAUGCGCUACCCCAACAGGGCCACCGUGGUACUGUCGGUCCCCGCCAUCUUCACUCCUGGUCUCCCCAAAUACCAGGAGCUGCAAAACAGUCCACCCAAAUACCAGGAGAUUCAGAAUCCUCCACCCAAAUACCAGGAGAUGAAUCCUCCACUUUACUAGAGGAACAAGUCCGCCUCUCUUCUCUGCUGUUAGCUCGGCAUUCAGGGUCUGAUGUGGCCUCUUUUUUGUUGUUGAUUUGAGGCAAUCCUCACUGUUCGGCCUCCAAAGUGCCUUAGCAGGGAGUCCUGAAACAUGGUGGAGACUGUCACAAAAAACACCACUGGGUUUUAUUUUGUACUGAAAUAAUGAUUCAUGUUAUUCUCUAUUUUUACGUAGGUAAGCACACCUGGGACAGGGCUCAUUUAGCACUUGAAAUGUUGCCGUGAUUUACUGUUUUCAUGCGACCAGAGAGGACCACAAGAUAAUUUAACCUCAGGAAAAUUAGUUGAUGGUUCCUAGGAUCUUUUUUUUUUUUUUCAUCUCAAUGAUUAAAAAAAGCUUCUAGACUGUGCAAAAUUACAGAUAUGGCUUGAAAAAGCACCUAAAAGUAGAAAAAUACAGUCAUGUAUGAUAAUAAAGCAAAAAAGUAUGAUAAAUAAAGUAAGAUAAGAAAUAUUUGCAUUGUCUGGACGAAUUUAGUCUGCACCCCGUUCCUGACCAAAGAUUUGCAAUGCAACAAGACCAUUUCAGAAGCCGGUUGCUGCAAGAAUCGGCUGACAGUGCUGCCGGCGUUUCAGUUUGCAGAUUUUAGAACACAAGACACGUGUGUUUUAACAGAUUAGUUACGGCAUUGCAGAUGCUCACCUUGUUGCAAUGGCAAAGUUGAAGAUUUUAUACGUUGAAUCUGCUCUUUUUUUCUUGCACAAUCAUUAGAAAUGCAAAGAAAAUCCAAAAAAGUAGGUCUGAUCUUCUCAAGGCUGCAGAAUGGGAUGCCUCCUGCAUAACGCUGCAUAUUUAUCAGAAGUUACUGCAGAAAUCGCAGUGUUAUCAGCUGUUUCAUGGGUGAAAUACAGCCUCGGUUGUUACUGUUUUCUCUGUUUUGUAGAGGCAACACCAACUCCUUUAAAGCAGUGGUUCUCAACUGGUGGGUCAGGCCCCAAAAGUUGGUCAUAGAGCCCUUUUCAGUAGCCCAGAUAGCGUUUGGAAAAAAGUCUGUCUGAAGCACAAACUGUGCUUUUUUUUGUUAAAUACAUCUGAUUGGUCAAAAAACAGAAAUUUGGAUCACAGAUUCUCAUUGAAGUGUAUGGUUGGUCCUGAGGCUUGACCAGGUCCUCUGAACAGGAAGUUCUUAGCUGGACGGGCAUCAGGAACCACCAUGUCUUCAAAGAGAGAUGGCGUCCCAGAUUUUUAAGCAAUCCUCAACUGCUCAGAUUUAUUGAAUGAAAAGGGUUGCAGUUUUGGACUUUCAGUGGAAUAAAUCAUGAUUUAACAGAGAGACAAGGAAACUUGUUGAAAGUGCAUCAGUACCAGAGGACAUACAGUUUAUUUUUCCUGAGAUAACCUGAAAAUUCAGCUAAUUUGUUGAGGAAUUAUCCUGUUCUCUUGGGAAACCCAACUUUUUGAUCAUGAGUAAAGGAGAUAAAUAAUUUGAAAACUAGAGAAAGAAGCAAAAUUUACUUAUUAUCAAAAGAAAAGCUUAUAAAGUCAAAUAUCGAUAAGAAAAACUCAGAACUUCAGGAUUUAAAAAGUUGUACAUUUAUGAGAAAAAAAUUUCAUAAGUCUUAAAUUUUGACUUUAGAAACAGAAAUAUAUCAAGUUUUUACAUCCAUGUAAAGUCAAGAUUUUACCCCAAAAAAACAAAUCGAAAUCAGUUUUGUUUCACGGACAUUUCUGACUUUAAGGUAGAUUUUUUUUCUCAUAAAGUAACGACUUUUUAAACUUAAAAAUUUGGCGCUUUUUCUUGAAAAUCAACAGUACCUCUUGAUUAUUUUUCUUCUAGAGAGGCUAUAAUACGCCCUUGUUAUAAUAAAAAGUUUAAUUGUCAAUUAAAGGCUUUCUAUGUCGGGGUAUUCUCAAUGAAAACAGUUCAAAUUGACGUUGAAUUUUUCCCAGAGGGUCCUUGCUGUUCUUAAAAUCUAAGUACGGAGGCCUGAAGGGGAAAAAAGGUUGGGAACUAUGGCUCUAAAUGACUGAAAAACUCCUGGAAUAGCUGGGAGAAUUUGGCAAAUAAUGGAAUUUUUAAGCUUGAAGCUUGUGCAUGAGCCCCCUUACAUUAAGUCUGGAUCCUCUUGAUUGUUCUACUUUUGCUUUUUUCACAACAGAAGAUCUGCAACCGCAGUAACUCACUGUUUCUGACUUUAUUUACGUCGUAGGAAAUGCAGUGGCGAGACAGGCGUACAAACGUGUCAUUGCAAUGGAAACCGUGCAGUUUACGUCAACAUGCAGGCUUUCAGAGCCUUGCUGAGUGUCUCUCUGCAAGUUUUGGGUCCUCCUUGCUGCAAAUCUUUGGUCUGAUCUGGGUUUAAGAAGCUUUGAGAGACAAAAAACAAAGAGAUUAAAAAUCUAGCUUUUUUUGUGCAUUAGGUGGAAAAUACCAACUCAAAUGGUUCUUAUCUGAAAAUAUUUACUGACUUUUCUUUGUACCCACAUCCUCUCUGGUCUCAGCAAAAAUCUGCUCUACUUUCCCAAACAUAAUUGCACUUUACUUUAAUGCAAUGCAAAAAAAACCCUAUAUUUUUCUCUCCACUGGUUCUGAAAAUAACUCUGCAAAUGGCCUUAAACAGACUUGAGUUUAUGCAAUACAUUACACUGUGGUUAGCUUUAAAUGUUUCCUCUCAGCCUCAUGCGUCAGUGGUACACGUGUCAGAGCGCCUCUUGCCUCAGUUUUUCUUAUUCCUUAUAAAUAAUAUUACUCAAAUAUGUUCUUUACUGUCUAACGUCACAGCAGGGCUUAUCUAAGGAGAAAUAAAGGAACAUCUGAUUAACAGUAAUGAACCACUCCCUGAUGACCAACAUAAGAGGGCUUUUAUUUUGAAAAACGAGCGCUGUCAUGACAAACUCAAAGGAAUGUUGAAGUAUUUCAGAGCUUUAAAUUUAUUUUUGUACUGAAAAGUGUAAAGCAGGAAGUAAACAGAGGAUGUUUGAGUCACUUUAAAGACGAAGAAGCCAGUAAACGUCUGAAACUGGAGAAAAGGGAGAGAAUCUUUUUAAAUUUGAGACCCUUCUUUGUAUCGAUUCUUCUGCUGUGACUGUAGAACCCUUGUAGAAAUAAAAACUUCAAAAUAAA